GUAAGCGCCCACCCCUAUCACCCUGGCAGGUCGCUGCUUGAUUCGACAGGGACUUUUCACAUUUCUCCCCCCUCUCCCCUCCCCAAAGUAGCUAAAGCGCUGAAGGUGCCAUUCGUCUCCUCAUCUGCAUAUUUUCCUCGCGCUACUCACAGCGCCCGUACUUUCUUCCUUGACGGUAACCCUCUCCACCUCGAGCAUCCCACCCGGUGACGGCCGCUGGGGAGAGAGAGCGAGAGCUGCUGGACACUGAAAAAAGAAGCUUUGCCCUCACGAACUGCUCUUGCCUCCUGCGUUGUUCCUGUCCGAUCCUGCAUUGAACCUCGUUUCUUGUUCCCAUGAGAGCUUGAUCGCCAUCUCCCGGCGCUAGGCCUCAAUCCUUCAUCUGCCCCUCACCAUUUCCAUCCUGGUCUUGUCUGUCGCAGAUAGAAGCAAACGUUGUCGAGUGUACAUUGCGCCCACGUCUCAUCCAUAAUGACUGGGUCGUGGGGCUAUAAUCUGCGAUCGCCUGGAAAGCUGGCGAUUGCGCUGCUUACGGCCCUCAUCAGCAAUCCUGUACCGGGUGCCCUUGGAUUGAAGACGACGGGAGGAUCGCCAUGUGCGAGUAUCUGCAAUAAAGUAUCCACCAACACAACUGCGUCGGAAAUUGUCUGUCUAGACAAUCACUAUGACGAGACCAAGGGAAAGACCUUUGAGGACUGCGUCACCUGCCAGUUGAAAAGCACGUAUGUAGAUCGGCUGAGCGGCGAGACGGAUGUAAACUGGGGUCUCUAUAACCUGCGAUACGCAUUUACAACGUGUGUAUUCGGAUUUCCGGCGUCCGCAGCGAAUAUCUCCACUCCAUGCACUGUUGGCUGCGGCAGCAUUGAAAGCGCCGUGGAAGUCGAUCUCACCACUCCCAGCGCGAACAACUUCAAUGACUGGUGCUCGGCAACUGGCUUUGCCGACAAUGUCAUCAAUGAUUGCGAGUUCUGCUAUAACCUGACCUACCGGCAAGUCAAUCCGCAGGUGUACAUGGCGAACUUCCUCGAAUCCAUCCGGUAUAAUUGCCAUUACAAAGCCACUAUAGGCUUUCCCUUUGACAUUGCCCCAUCACGCAUUUUCACCGAGACCCUCCUCCCCUCGAGCAUGUCCCUCCCCACUCCCACCUCCACCGGGUCCGGCGUAAACCUAGGCGUUGUCAUCGCCGUGCCGAUCGUGGGCUUCAUAAUCAUCCUCUGCAGCCUGGGCGUCUGCUGUUUCUUCUUCAUCCGCUGGCGGCGCAAGAGCGUCGGUCGCGGUCGCUACCAUGAUCAUCUGUACGCCCGCUGGAAUGAUACCUCAAUCAGCACACCCCAACAGGUCCAGGGUGGCUGGGGCUCUCCUCAGCAAAUGCACGCUGCUGGAUAUGGCACUUAUGAUCCCGGGUACGGCCCCGGCUUUGGGUUCACCGAUAACCACGGUCAAACCCAUCCGACCGGGUACGGGAAUGAUUAUUCCAAGAAUACGUACUCGUACGAACUGACGGAGACGUCUCCGUCAAACUACCAUGCCACGCCACAAAUGGGCGGGUAUGGAUUCGAGCCGGAUCGCAAAGAUCCAUACUCGGAUGAGAUCACGCAGUCACCGCCGCCGCCUGCGCCGUAUGUUUCACCGCAUAUGGGUCACGGCGACUUUGAGCCGGAUAAUAAACACCCUCUGUGAUGGAGAGCUGUUUCUGUUUCCCGGAUAGACGGUGAAAAGUAAAGUGUUCUGUGCGUCUUUGGUUAGCGAGUUUGUUCUAGAGCAGGCUUGUCGCACAUGUUGAAUUGUUGAUACCAUGCCACACCUAAUGUUAUGAUUUUAUGGGAUGGCUCUGAACUGUUUGGGAAGUGUUGUACUUACCAAUCACGUCUGACGGCGUUGGCGUUGUCUGGUUUGAUCUCCUUGAGUGGACUACUGUUAUAUCCCCUCCACGUUGCGAUACCAUAUUCUUCAUUCCUUUUUGAAUCGUUCAGCGAGAGAGAGUCGAAUCGAAUACUUGUCUUCAAGACCAUCAUCAUCCCCUUUGCCAUGGAGUAGUCGACAGUAAUCAAGUAGAAUGGAAAACCACA